AAUAGAGGAGGAGAAAGAAAGACAGACAAACAGAAGCCCAACCCAGCAAGCCCCCUGAAUGGUUUCCUGUUGCCUCCUUCUAAGGGCAUUCAGAUUCCUUCAGAUCCUUCAGAGAGGCUGAAGUUUUCUCAACUCCACUGCCCCUGUCUCUGAGGCUUCACUGAAAGAUGCAGGCUUGGGUUCUCUUCCUUCUCUGCCUGGCAGGGAAAGCCCUGGCAGCACCGCAGGAGGAUGUGUCAGAGGAUAUGUACGUAGCGGUAGAUGAUCUUGUAACAGAGGAACCUGUAGGCGUUAAUCCAGUCCAGGUGGAGGUUGGUGAAUUUGAAGAGCCUACUGUGGAUGUGGAGGAGGUGGCUUCCGAACACCCCUGCCAGAACCAUCACUGCAAGCAUGGCAAAGUCUGUGAAGUAGAUGAAGAAAACAACCCUAUGUGUGUCUGCCAGAAUCCUUCCAACUGCCCUGCUAGCACUGCAGUGUUUGAGAAGGUAUGUGGUACUGACAACAAGACCUAUGACACCUCUUGCCACUUCUUUGCCACCAAAUGCACUUUGGAGGGAACCAAGAAGGGACACAAACUCCACCUGGACUACAUUGGACCUUGCAAAUUAAUUCCUGACUGCCAUGAUACUGAACUGGGUGAAUUCCCUCUGCGUAUGCGUGACUGGCUGAAGAAUGUACUGGUCACCUUGUAUGAACGUGAUGAAAACAACAACCUGUUGACUGAGAAGCAGAAACUCAGGGUAAAGAAGAUCCAUGAGAAUGAAAAGCGCCUGGAAGCUGGUGACCACACCAUGGAACUGCUGGCCCGUGACUUUGAAAAGAAUUACAACAUGUACAUCUUCCCUGUGCACUGGCAAUUUGGUCAGCUUGACCAGCAUCCUGUUGAUGGGUACCUGUCCCACACUGAGCUGGCCCCCUUGAGAGCUCCUCUCAUCCCCAUGGAACACUGCACCACUCGCUUCUUUGAGGCCUGUGAUCUAGAUGGCGACAAGUACAUUGCCCUGGAGGAAUGGGCCAGCUGCUUUGGCAUUAAGGAGAAGGAUAUUGACAAGGAUCUCGUGAUCUAAACCUUCCUCAUCUGUUACCAACAAUUCCACAUUUUCUUUCAUUUUUUUAACAGUUUGGGGAUUUUAUUUGUGUUACCGGGGACAAGGUGCUAAUAUAGAUCUAAACAUAUAUAUUAACGGUGCUAAAAAAGACAGAAAUUUGUUGUUAGUAGCCUAAUCUAUACCACUAGAUUACCUUGCUCUUGCCUGUGUGUUUCUGCCAGGCCUUUGAUUUGAUCAUACCAGUACAGGGACAAAUCUGUUUCUGUUCUAAGUUAUCUACAUCACUUCUGACCCACUUAUUUUCUGUUUUUAAAACAUCCUUAAUAUGGUUUUGGCUAACUCUCAGGCGAAAGUAUUCCAGACCGUUAACUCCCUAAUUUCUAGAAGGGAACUAAGGGAAGGUGUACCAAAAAGUGUAUGAGGAGAUUGGGCUUUCCAAAGCCAAGGGAUGCAACUGUUCAUGAAAAGUUUAGGUGAUUUGGAAUGUAGAUUGGAAACAGAGGGCAGUGAAAGAGACCUGCAAAAUCUAGAAGGGCAAUUUUAAAAAUCCCAUGCUAUUUGAAUGUAGCAAAAUUGGACAUAUGCUCGUACAAAAAGAAUGAUUAAAGAGAGAGAGAGAGAGCAAUCAAGAAGUCUGAAAAAAAGUCUUGUACAACCCCCCUCUAAAAAUAAAAUGUUAAAAAUGCUACCUGCUUCAUUGAUAUUGACUGAUGUAUUCUUCAUUGCUGUAUUUCCUUUGCUUAAAAAUUAGAUUUGGUGCUAA